AUGCGAGACUUCCCCUGGGCAGCAGGAGGCAUACGUCUAGAGAAUGCUGGAGCUGCAGGAGGGAAGCGCCCAGUGCAAAACCAGAGAGGAGCAAAGAGAAAAAAGGCAAGCAGAGAGCCAGCAUUGAGAGAAGCGGGUGGCAGAAAGUGCUGCAACGCUGCCUCUGGCAGCACACUCCCAGAAGAACUUGGCAAGAGCCCAUCUGCAUGCGUGUGA